AAGCCCAGGCGUACGAGCCGCCCGCCUCUUCAAACCCGGCCGCACCUCAUAUCGGCACCUCAUCGCGAUACCCAGCGCUUCCUCCUCCCUCUCCCUCUGCUGCUCGCCGCCGCCGCUCGCAGACCAUGGUCGCGAGGAGCCCCAACGCCAAACCUGACAGCAGGCAGACGGCGGCCGCCAUCGCCGCGGCCGCCGCUCUCAACCCCGCCCUCGUCAGGGAGACCAUGAAGAAGAUGGACCGCUGCAUGGCGCGGCUCCAGGAGCUGCAGUACACGGUGGCCGGCGGCGCCAAGGUCAUCUCCGGGGUCAGCCUCAGCCCGCGCAGCACCCGCGGCUACCUCCGGACGAGCAUCCGCUGCAAGCAGGAGACCGUCAGGAUGAGGGGCACGCCGGCGCAGAAGAGAUCCCCGAACAGCAAGUUCGGCGGCGGCGAGGGCGCCGCCGCACAGUGGGCGCGGAUGUCGUUGCCCGCGAUGCUUCUCGGCGAGACGGUGCUGGAGAUCGUCCGGGCCGGCCAGUUCGCGCGGGACAUCGUGGCUCUCGCCGAUCCCCCCAAGACCCCGAAACCCGCCGCGAGGACCAGGAAGCAGGCGGCCGCCGAGCGUGAGCAAACGCCGCUCCGAGCCCGCCGUGCCAGGGAGAAGCAGAGCCAGCGGGGCACGGCGGGGGCCGAAGCUCGCACUCCACCGUCGCGCGGGCGCGUCCGGUCCAGGAUACAGUUCAAGCCCGCCUCACCCCUCGCCCGGCCGUCUAUGUCAGCAAACCGUGUGUCCCCCAAGAACCGGCCAUGGGCUAAGAAGACGGUGAUGUUCCCCAAUCCAGCGUUCCGCGGUCCCAGCUCCUCGGCCGCGUGCGCCUCGCCGUCGCCGACAAAGAAACAGAAGCGCUUCUACGAGACGCGGUCUCCCGUGCUCGCCCGGCGGACGCCGCACAAGUUCCUGGUCAAGUCGCCACCAAGCACUCUUCGGUCCAAGCUGAAAUGCCAGGGCAAAUUGCUCCCUGACUCAAGACCCGGCGCUGGCGCCGUCUCACCACCGCCUGGGAAAGCGCAGGCGGCGUCCGGGAAUACCCGGCGGAGCUCGUUCUCGCCGUCCAAGUUGGCGACAAGGCUCAUGUCGCCGAUAAAGGCGAGGUUGUCCUUCGUGUCGCCGAUGAAGGCGAGGAAACCUUUGCAUAAGAGUCGCGACGGCGGCGUUGGCAGCAACAUGAUGAGCGGGCUCAAGCAGCGACCGGUCGUCAGCUUGACGGCGCGGACGGUCUCAAGCAGAAUAUCAUCUUGAUGUAAGGCAAUUGAUCAUUCUCUUGAUGUGAGGCAAUUGACGAGUGCGAGGCUGACGCGGCCGUCAGGAAGGUGGAGGCACUGGAGGAGUUGAAUAUUGCCGUCGCUGCCCUUCAGGAUGGAAUUGAAGACAAGCAAGCUCUCGCUCAAGUUUCUUUACAAGUAUGCCUAAAUAAAGUGUACAAACAUAGCAAAUUUUGAUCCAGUUUGAAUUUGGAAGUUGCACGGCUCUGCAGCUUGCCUAUUCCUCUUUGACAUCUGUGUGUAACAUAAGGAAGAAUGUUCCGCAUUUAUCUAUGUGUAACAGACUGCCUACCAUCUCUCGUUUCUGUUA